AAAUUUACUCUUCAUAUUAGAUUGAUUGGUAGUCCACAGGAUUGUUUCCAUUCUGCCCUCAUCUGAAUCAUUCAUGCACAUGGUGCGUGCAGAGAUCUAGCUGAGUGACAGUGAAUGCAGCCAUGCAUCAUCUGUUUGGGCUGGUUUUGGCACAGAAAGACCUUUCACGUGCAGGGGAUCUUUUCUCAUUAGAAGAUGCUGAAAUUGAAGGAAGCCUCUCAGAAGCUCUUGAACAAAUAAGAAUAAUUAGUUCAUCUGUGGACUACCAGACCAAUGACAAUGACCAGGCUGUGGUGGAAAUCUGCAUCACUCGCAUCACCACUGCCAUAAGGGAGACAGCAUCCAUAGAAAAGCAUGGGAAAGCCCUUGUGGCUCUCUGGGAGUCAUGUCUAGAGCACAACCUGAAGCCUUCUGGGAAAGAUGAGGAUGCACCACAUGCAAAAAUUGCAUCUGAUAUCAUGAGCUGUAUCUUGCAGAAUUACAACCAACCUCCAGUAAUGGCCUUAGCUGUUCCAGUGGCAGUGAAAUUUCUUCAGAGGGGCAAUAAGGAAUUGUGCAGAAACAUGUCAAGUUAUCUGUCCUUGGCUGCAAUCGCUAAAGCAGAUCUGCUGGCUGAUCACACAGACACCAUUGUCAACAGUGUCCUUCGAGGGAACUCAAUGCUGCUGCGUGUCCUGCCUGCUCUGUAUGAGAAGCAACCACAGCCAAUAAACCUUCAUCUGAGGGAGCUGAUGGCACUGAUGGCUCAGCUGGAUCAAGCUGAACAACAUCAUCUCCUCAGGCUCCUCCAGACCGUGGCUAGGAAAAAGGAACUUGGGGUGCUGAAAGAGUGUAUACCAUUUCUAUUUGGGCACUUGAGAGACCUUAACCAUAGUGACAUUAUUCUAAACAUACUUACAGAAAUAUCCAACUAUGAGCCAACAGCCUUAUCCGCUUUUCUUCCAAUGCUGAAAGAAAUUGGUGAGAGUUUUCCAUGUCUGAUUGGGCAAACAGCAAAGAUCUUUGGAGCUGUUGGACAUAUUGAUGAGGAGCGAGCCAGAAUAUGCUUGAUGUAUUUGGUGAACCAGCUGGCCAACAUGGAGCACUCAUUUCACCAUAUUCUUUUGCUGGAAAUUAAGAGUCUUACUGACACUUUCUCAAGCAUCUUGGGCACCCAGAGCAGAGAUAUCUACCGCAUGAGCAACAGUUUCACAGCCAUAGCCAAGCUCCUCGUCCGACAGCUAGAGAAUGAUAACACAUCUGGAGCCAGGAUGGAAAAUGAUACUGAAACAGAAUCUCCAGCACCAGUGGGUGACUUAAAAUCUGUUAUGAAUGGAAGUGAAGAGGAUGAAAAGCUUCAAGUUAAAAUACAGGCUUUUGAAGAGAAAAUAAAUGUUGACAAUGGUACUCCUGGCUCAGUGCGGAGAUACAGUUUAGGCCAGGUUUCUAAAGAAGAAAGGAAGGAUAUGAGAUUUAACAGGUCUAAAAGCCUCGCUUUGCAUGCAGUCCGCAUGAAGGGCAUAAACUCAGAGUGUGGACAGGAUGAGGACAAUGGGGAGAUAACUGCUGGUAUCUCCUUCUCUGAGAUCUACAUUAGCCAAGAAAACGACAAAUUGCCUUUCGAUGUUGGUUAUGUGGAAUCAGCAAAUUUGCCAGACUCUACUAAAGAAAAGGCCCUCGAAGGAAGCACAGAGGCAGCAAUGAGCCCCAAGGAAUACCAGGAUGAGCUCUACUUGCACUUGAAGGAAAACCUGGGUAAAGUGAAAGCAUAUGUCACAGAGAUGGGGAGAAAAAUUCCUAUCCCUGAUCAGUGUGUGGUUGAAGAUACUGUUAGAAGCUGUGUAGCAAAGCUGUUCUUCAGCUGUCCCCUGAAGGGCCAUUACUGCCUGUACAGUAAGUCCAGUUUUACCCUCAUCAGCCAGCAACCUUCACUGUGGAUCCAUAUCAUGUUCCUCUUCCAGCAGAGCUUGUUUGCAGAGCCUUUGUCCAUAGAGAGUAAUCCUGUGCAAGUCCUUAAAGCCCUGUGGGAGAAGACACGGCUUAAGGGGACACAUAGUUUUGAAACUGCCAUCAUUCAGUCUACAUUUCCACACCAAAAGGACCUGGACCAUGUGCAGAUGCACCUGGCAGAAGUGAGGUUCUUUGAUUUAUUUGGCUACAGCGAAGAAGCAGGAACUUGGCAGUGUUUCAUGUGCAAUAACCCUGAAAAGGCAACAGUUGUAAAUCAGGAUGGCCAACCUCUCAUCGAAGGCAAGCUUAAAGAGAAGCAAAUCCGGUGGAAGUUUAUUAAAAGGUGGAAAACUCGCUACUUCACCCUGGCUGGCAACCAGCUGCUUUUUCGGAAAGGAAAAUCCAAGGAUGACCCUGAUGACUGCCCCAUUGAGCUCAGCAAGGUGCAGAGCGUUAAAGUGGUGGCAAAGAAGCGCAGGGACCGCAGCCUGCCCCGGGCCUUUGAGAUCUUCACUGACAGCAAAACCUAUGUUUUCAAGGCUAAAGAUGAGAAGAAUGCUGAGGAGUGGCUUCAGUGCAUCAACGUUGCUGUUGCACAGGCUAGAGAGAGGGAGAGCCGAGAGGCCACCACCUAUCUGUAGAGCUGCUGGCACCUCCAUGGCCAUGCCAGCAAACCAAAGGUGCCUGGGACCACUCCGGUACUGAGCAUCCCACUACCAUACCCCAUAUCCUAGACCUCUUUUACCUCCAAAAGCCCUGCUGGCUCCUGGAGCAUGGGAAACUGUGGGUAAGAGCAUGUGCUAGCAUGGCCCAGGGAGAGCUUUGUGCAGUGAGAGGUCUAACAAGACCACGUGAUGGAGUGCCACCAUGCAGGAGUGCUCCCCAGCACUGGGGUCAAAACAGCUUCCACUGCUUUGUGAAAUGCAGGUUUUUUCUUCAGCCUAAUGGCCUGCAAGCCAGGAAACAUGGUUAGAAACAUGCCUGGGCCUCAACACCUCAGCCUCUGUUUCUGAGAGGCACAUGGUCUCAGCGGCUGUAGACACUGCCAAGAGCAUUCGAGCAUGUAAGGACUUUGUUUUCCUCAGUCACUGUCUGUCUGUGAACAGGUAAUUUUCCUUCUUAUUUAAUCUCCGUGUGCUUUAUCCUUUUACUAUUUGUAUGUAUUUGUGCUGCUCCUUUCAGGUUUGAGAAU